AUGACAGUGGGCAAUUUGGUGCCUGGUGGGGACAUGCCCAGGGAUGAGGUGAUCCAAUGGGCCGAUGGAUUCGUCCUCGUCUAUUCUAUUACGGACCGAGAGAGUUUCAAUUUCGUGAAGCUGGCCAAGGGAUACAUUAUGGAGAAGAAGGGCGGGAUGAGCCCCGGAUCCUACCCGCAGAUUCUCGUCGCCCUUCUCGGGAACAAGGGGGACAUGGUCCAUUUAAGACAAGUCAGCACCGAGGAAGGUGAUAUAUUGGCAAAGGACGGGGACUGCAUCUGGGCAGAAGUGGCUGCAGCCGAGCAAGUUGCCCCAGUCGCCGACGCCUUCACCGAACUCGGACGGGCCGUCGUCGCCGCUCGCAAAAAGAACAAACAGAGCCUGUUGGACCGGAUGUUGGGAGGGAAAAGCGGGUCUGGAAGCGGCGGGAGCGGAGUCGUGGGUGGUGCCGGUGUCCGAAUGUAUUCCCGGGGGAAGAGUGAUUCCGCCCUGCCCAAAAACGGCUUCUGAUAGAUGCUGUGGCCAGGCCAUGUGCCUUCCUAUCUUCAUCUCCUUCGUAAUCGUCAGUACGGACUGCUGAUCCAAAUGAACGACUCCUGUUCAGGGCUCAUUGUGUGAUGUGAUGUGGCGUUCCACGCCAGGAUGAGAACCUUGUUUAUAGAUCUUUGCUGCACCUGGUGGUUUCAUAAGUUUAGACCUUGACAUGAAUAUCAGCUUGCAAUAAAAUUUUAUCGUUUGAGUA